GCUAUUGCGCGAGGAGAAGCAGAGCAGCUCCGGAUCGCCUCUGGAUGCCGCCAGGAUGACCCAGGCAGCCCCGAGCCAGCCGUACUUCCGAUCCGACAGCAGCGACUCUGCCGCCCACAUGCUGGGCGACGGGCCCCGGGCUGAGAAGUACCGUCGGAAAAAGCGCUGCAGCCCGGUCUGGCUGGCCGUGGCCGCCAUGGGCAUCCUGGCCCUGCAAAUCGCCUCCACCACCGGCCUCUUCGUCUACUUCACGAUGUCCAUCUCCAAGCUCAAGGCCCAGGCCCAGGGCAGCUCUGAGGAGGGGCACUGCCUCCUGCUCCUCAGCCGGAUGCAGGAACUUUCGGACCUGGACGAGCUGAUCGGCAACCAGUCCUGCCUCAAGCUGGCCAGCAACAUCAAGGCCUAUGUUGCCAUGGUGACGGACAGCGUUAUUCGUAAGAGUGCUCAGACUGAUACUUCAAACAAGCCCGCCAACUCUUCCAGCGGGCAGCUGGUGAUCAGACAGCCAGGCAGCAAACCUUCCGCACACCUCACACUCAGGGGGUGGAAGCCAUCCCAGGCAGGAAGCCCGAGCCUCUUUGGGGAGCUGCCUCAGUCCUGCCAGCUCCCAAUUCCCUACUGGGCGCAUAAAACCAUGCAUUCACACUUGCAGAACCUCACCUACCGGGAGGGCAAGCUGCAUGUAAGCCAGGCAGGCAAAUACUACAUCUAUGCCCAGAUCUACUUCCACUACCCCACAGAAGGCAUGAAUUCCCAGGCCUCGGGCCAUCAGCUGGUGCAGUGCAUCAACCUCCAGAGCAGCAAUGGGCAGACCAUCCCACUGCUGAAAGGCGUGGGCACCAAGUGCUGGGCACAGGAUGCCACCUACGGGCUCCAUGCUCUUUACCAAGGGGGCCUCUUUGACCUCAAGGCUGGUGAUAAGCUCUUUGUGUCUGUCUCCACGCUGGACAUCAACUACCAUGAUGAAGAAAGCACCUACUUUGGAGCCUUCCGUCUUGAUGCGUGAAGCAAGUGGAACGUUUUGCAAAACAGUCUCCUGCUGGAAGGCAUCAGCUGUAGUGUUGGGCGGGUCAUUACGUUGCCCUUUCCACUUAGGAGUGAAUGUAUGGGCAUCUGAACCAGGUGCACUGGCUUAUCUUAACAGACAAUGCCCUGUGUCAGGGCUCCUGCCUACUGUUGCUGCAUAACUUUGUAGGCUCAGCAUCUCAACAUUUUCUCCAUUGUUAGUGACUCUCAUCAAGAUUGCUGCCCGGAGGCAAGAGACAGGAAGUAAGGCCUCUUGAGACCCAAAAUCUC